UAGAGAGCGGCAGAGAGCCAAAACAAUGCUCUUCAUCCUCCUCUUCCUCUCAUUACUUCCAGAAGUCUUCCCACAGAACCAGCCUGGAACCCCACAACUGGGGGACCUGAUGGUGGGUCGAGCCACGGGUCUCUCUGCUUCCUCCACCUGUGGCCUCAGAGGACCAGAAGACUACUGCAUCAUUGGUUACCUGCAGGAGCAGCAAAAGUGCUUCACCUGCGACUCCCGGCUGCCCUACAGUCACCAUGACAACCACGACAGCCAUCGUGUCGAGAACAUCAUAACCUCGUUUGACCCAGAGCCAAAGAGGAAAUGGUGGCAGUCGGAAAACGGAGUUCACGAGGUCAGCAUCCAGUUGGACCUGGAGAGCAGGUUCCAGCUCAGUCACCUCAUUCUUACUUUCAAGAGCUUUCGUCCCGCGGCCAUGUUGGUAGAAAGCUCCAAGGACUUUGGAAGAACCUGGAAUGUUCUUCGGUACUUUGCGGAGGAUUGUUUGCUUCAUUUCCCGUCAGCGUCGGAUCGUCCAGCUGAACGCUUGGACGACGUCGUCUGUGACAGCAGAUACUCCGGAUCAGAACCUUCGACAGGAGGACAGGUGGUGCUGAAGAUUUUGGAUCCCGUCUUCGGUGUAGAAGACCCCCAUGCUCCACAUAUUCAAGCCUGGACCACUAUGACCAAUAUCAGGGUCAACUUCACUCGUCUCUUCACGUUGGGGGACACUCUGCUGGGUCGCAAGCGCCGAGACCCCUGGAGUCAGAACAAAUACUUCUACGCUCUCUACAACAUGGCGGUCCAUGGACGCUGCUUCUGCAACGGACACGCCGACUACUGUGUCUCUCGGGAGGGAGAACCAGGAGACUGGACACCUCCAGACAUGGUUCACGGUCGAUGUGUUUGUUUGCACGACACAGCUGGGGAGCACUGUGAGCGAUGUGCUGAGUUUCAUAAUGACGCCCCUUGGAGGCCUGGAGGGGAACAGGGCACAGACGUCUGCAGAAGGUGUGAUUGUAACGGACUCUCAGAAUCCUGCCACUUUGAUGUCGCGCUCUUUGAGGCGACCGGUAGAGGAGGCGUGUGCGACAACUGCCGCAACGGCAGGACGGGGACACGGUGCGAACUGUGUGGGCCACUAACGUACCAGGACCCCCAGAAGUCCCCGGAGGACCCCUCUGCUUGCAUCCCCUGCGACUGCAGCAGCGUCGGCUCGCUGGGCUACGGCCAGUGUGACCCCAGGACUGGCCAUUGCGCUUGCAAAGAGAAUGUGGAGGGCCAACGCUGCGAGCGCUGCAAGCAUGGCUUCUUUGGACUGAGUCAGGACGAUGAGGCGGGAUGUCGAAGGUGCAUGUGUCAUGUGAUGGGAAGUGUCGGAGCAUGUGACCAGCUGACAGGAAGUUGUGAAUGCGAAGCGAUGGCCAUUGGACCGCUCUGCGAUCGUUGCAGAGCGGGUUUUUGGGGCCUCGGGAACUCGGGGUACAGAUGUUCUCCCUGUGACUGCGACGCGGGAGGGGCGUACAGUGACAUGUGCAGCUCAGAUGACGGCCAGUGCCAGUGUUUACCUAACAUGGGAGGUCGCCGCUGUGAUGAACCGGCCCCCGGCUACUACCUGCCUUCACUGGACUACUUCCUGUAUGAGGCUGAGCUCGGGUCCCCGGUGGAUACCGGGACUCCUCCCUCUUCACCUCUGACCACAACAGGUCUUCUCCCGGAGUGCGAGCAGUACUUCCGUCAACAAGGUUAUGAGUUCAAGUUUUCCAAUGGACGUGUAGUUCUGGUCCGCAGGAGCCGUCGCCAUAGCCGCAGGAGGAGACAGGUGAGGUCCUCUUUUGAAUCUAAUAAAAAGCGAAAUCUGACAGCGUUUUAUUGGCCCUUCCAGUGGUCCAACAUCCCCCACAACUCUGGCCACCCCCUCCAAAUAAUUCCCCGUCAGAGGACAGGAGAUGGUCCAGUCACUUGGACUGGUGUGGGAUUGGUUCGAGUGCUUGAUGGAGCUGGAUUGAGGAUCACGGUGGACAAUCUUCCACAGUCGAUGGAUUACCAGCUGGUGAUCCGCUACGAGACAGAGGACCCGUCUGAUUGGCUGGCUUCAGUUAGCAUCGUCACCCAGUCGGCAGGAAGUGGAGACUGCACUAGUGACCCGUCAGGAGGGCAGAGGUUACUCCUGUCAGGACACUCCAGACUUGCUUUUCUCGAGAUCCCCAUGUGUCUGAAUAGAGGCGGAUCUUACUUCCUGGACCUGGUUUUUGACAAAGAUUCAAGAGCACAGAGCCCGUCCAGUUCGCACAUCUUGGUGGACUCGGUGGGCUUGAUUCCCAAAGUCCAGAGCCAGCAAGACGUCUGCAGCUCACAAAACCCACCAUCAGGUGUUCGAUGUGUCGGGUUGUUUGUGGAACCACAGCUUUGUGAGGGUCUCAUUAUGAGUGUGUCUGCUCAGAUCCACCAGGGGGCAGUGCCUUGUCGAUGUAAUGUGGUCGGCUCAGUCAGCACUUCCUGUAACAAGGUUGACGGCUCCUGUGAGUGCAAGCCUUACGUCACUGGCCACUGCUGUGACACGUGCGCGCCCUUGACCUUUCACUUUGGACCCGAGGGGUGCAAACAGUGUGACUGUGACCCCCAGGGGGCACUCUCCGAAACGUGUGACCAAAGUACCGGUCAGUGCCCAUGCCGCUCAGAAGUGACGGGCCGCCAGUGUGACCGCUGUCAGAGUGGGUUGUGGGGGUUCCCUCAAUGCCGACCCUGCGAGUGUAACGGCCUCUCUGAGGUUUGUGAUGAACGCAGUGGCGAGUGUGUGUACUGCAGGGAUCACGCCACCGGACCUCAGUGUGACAGGUGUGAAGACAGUUACUAUGGAAACCCGGCCUCUGGUCAACCGUGUCAGCCCUGUCUUUGUCCAGACGCCCCAGACAGCGGUCGACACUACGCCCAUUACUGCCAAUAUGACCCCCAGUCUGCCAGUGCAACUUGCUUGUGCCAGCAAGGACACACAGGUGUCCGCUGUGAGCGAUGCCUUCCUGGCUUUUAUGCUGACCUGACGUCGUAUGGAAACGUCUGUCAGCCGUGCGCCUGCAACAACAACAUUAACAUGGACGACAGUGAAGCCUGUGACGUCGUGACGGGGGAAUGCCUGCGCUGCCUCCACAACACAGCUGGGUCUCACUGCCACACCUGUAAGCCUGGUUACUAUGGCAACGCUCUCCUCCAAGCCUGCCGAGAGUGUAGCUGCGAGAGACGGGGAACACAAGUGGUCCAGUGUCCUCUGGGGAGCCCCUGCUUCUGUGACAGUGUGACGGGGCAAUGUGCCUGUCGGACCGGUGUCUCUGGGGUCCACUGCGAUACAUGUGAGGAUGGGUACUGGAACCUGGACGCAGGCUGCCAACCCUGCAGCUGCCAUCCUGCCAACGCUCUCUCCAACAUCUGCGAUAAGGUGUCAGGACAGUGUCCUUGCCGUCCGUCAUUUGGGGGACGGAACUGCGACGAGUGUGAGGAUAACCAUUUCGGGGAUCCGGACCUUCAGUGUGUCUCUUGUGACUGUAACUUGGAGGGAACCCAACGCCCGUCAUGUGACCCAGAGAGCGGGGACUGUAUCUGUCGUCCCGGGGUCAUUGGUAUCUUCUGCGACCAGUGCGCUCCGGGUCAUAACUCGGUGUUUCCUGCCUGUGAGCCUUGUCACCACUGUUCAGACGUCUGGGCUGAGAGUGUCACUGAUGUCCAGCGGGCAGCCAAGAGAAUGGCCACAUUCAUCCCUCGCAACCAAGACGACCUCAAACCAGGAGAUCAGCGCCGCAUGAUCUCAGAAAUGGUCUCCAAACUGGAAACGCUUUCCAGCCUGAAACCAGGAUCCCCUGAGAAGAUGAAGCAGCUGGAGGACAUGGCCAGGAAGCUCAGGAGGCUGAAGGACAAAGUUGAUCCAGGUCAGAUCCUGAUCAACCCCAGCAAGCUCCUCGACAAUGAUAUCAACACUAUCAGAAUGGACUUCCAGCAAGUCGUGAGCAACUUGAAGAGGACAACAGUGGAAGAUGAGCCUGAACCAGAAGAUCUAAGUGAACUGUUGGAGCGGGUAAAAAACGAUCAUAAGGAGUUUGCAGCUGAUGAGGCCCGGGUUCAGGACAGCAAGAAUGUUCUAGAAGAGGCAAUGGACCUACGACUGAAAGCCAGUAAUAAAUUGUCAUGCUGCAAUGGAGGUCAACUCCUGCAACUGAGCAAAAAGGUCGACGAUCUCGAUGCCUCAGACCUUGAGUCCCAGAUCUGUGGACAAGGACUGGAGAAAUGCUCCACAUGUGGAGAUCAGAGCUGCACUGCUAUUGUCCCCGCUGUCCACGGCAUUGUCAAGAAAGCAAAAGAUGCCGAAGACGCUCUCUUCUUACUUCCCUCAAAAAUAGACUCAUCCAUGGACAAGGUGAAGGGCGCGAAGCAAAAAGCCCAGGAUGUACAGAAUCAGACCAAAAUGUUUCCGAAGAAAAUCUCAGAACAUAAAAACCAAGCGGAGGAGGAAAAAGACAAAACCAGGGAGUUACUCCAGAGAGUGAGGGACUACUUGUCUGACGACUCUCUUCCUCCUGAGGACAUUGAAAAGAUGUCUCAGGCUGUGUUGAACAUCAGACUUCCCAGGUCUCCGGAUCAGAUUCGACGUAUGAUUCAGGAUGUGCAUGAUCUUUUGAAGAGCAUCUCAAAAUUCCAAGACGAUGUCCAGCACUUUGGGGACACCAGGGCGUCACAGCAGCUGGUGGAGGAUGCCGGCCGAGUCCGAGGUGCAGUUGAGAAUUUACCAGAUGUGGAGGAGAUCAGAAGAGAUGUGUAUGACGCAGAGGACGCCCAGAACAAGGCAAAUGAUGGACUGGAGGCGGCCAGCAGGGACACUGCUGCCAUUCAAGAGGCCAUCAAAGAGAUAACUCAAAAACUGGAUGACAUUGAUGUGAAGAUGAAGGAAGACAAAACAGUCAAGCUCCAGGACACCAUCAAAGAUCUGAAGACAAAGACCAAAGAAUCUGUACAGAAGAUAAGAGAUGCCAAAGACACAGCACAGUCUGCUUUAGAGCUGCAGCAAGAGUCAAUGGCGGAUGUGGCUGAAGUUAUCAGGAAGUUUGAGGCGCUGGAACAGAUGAAUAAGAAUCAGCAGAGCGGUGCUGAAGAACAACUAAGAGACAUCUUGAAUGAGACGAAAAAUCUGAAGCAACUUUUGGAAGACAAACUACUGCUCGUUGAAGAAAUGGACCAGAGGAUGAACCAGCUCAUCAGAGCCAGAGAUGAAAAACAAGCAGAACUCGGCACUUUCCUACAAACACUGGAGAAUCUACAAAAGGAAAUCAUCAAACGUGCGGAAGAAUAUGCCGCCUGCCCCUUGUGAGCUUCCCUUUCGGACCUCUCUCCUAACCCCCCAAAAAAAACACAGGAAUGAGAGACUGGCUUGAGGUGGUUUCCUCUGUCUAACAACAAUU